CGCGCAGCGCUGGUACAUCAGUCGCUGCUACUGGGGACCGUAGAGCGUUUCCAUCCUGAGGCCGGCGCGCAGACCUCGAGUCCUGGAGGCUCCCGGUUCCCGGGCACUGCCUCCAGCCGUCGUCAUCGCGGCGGCCCGCCGUUCCCCAGCUCCGAGCGGCCGAGGUCACCAUGAGUCCGGGGUUCCGCCGGGCCGUCGCCGGGCAGGGGGCGGCGGCCGCCGUGCAAUUGCUGGUCACCCUGAGCUUCCUCUCAAGUCUCGUCAAGACCCAGGUGACUGGAGUUCUGGAUGAUUGCUUGUGUGACAUUGACAGCAUUGAUAACUUCAACACCUACAAAAUCUUCCCCAAGUUAAAAAAGUUACAAGAACGAGACUAUUUUCGUUAUUACAAGGUUAAUCUGAAGCGACCAUGUCCUUUCUGGGCAGAAGAUGGCCACUGCUCAAUAAAAGAUUGUCAUGUGGAGCCCUGUCCAGAGAGUAAAAUUCCAGUUGGAAUUAAAGCUGGGCGUUCAAAUAAGUAUUCACAGGCGGCAAACAAUACCAAAGAACUGGAAGACUGUGAGCAGGCCAACAAGCUGGGCGCCAUCAAUAGUACAUUAAGUAAUGAAAGCAAAGAAGCAUUCAUUGACUGGGCGAGAUAUGACGACUCACAGGAUCACUUUUGUGAACUUGAUGAUGAGCGCUCCCCUGCUGCGCAGUACGUGGACCUGCUGCUGAACCCAGAGCGGUACACUGGCUACAAGGGCUCCUCGGCAUGGAGGGUGUGGAACAGCAUCUACGAAGAAAACUGCUUCAAGCCUCGGUCUGUGUAUCGUCCUUUAAAUCCUCUGGCACCCAGCCGAGGGGAAGAUGACGGAGAAUCAUUCUAUACCUGGCUAGAAGGUUUGUGUCUUGAGAAGAGAGUGUUCUAUAAGCUUAUAUCAGGACUACAUGCCAGCAUCAAUUUACAUCUGUGUGCAAAUUAUCUUCUGGAAGAAACCUGGGGUAAACCUAGUUGGGGACCUAACAUCAAAGAAUUCAAACGCCGCUUUGAUCCAGUGGAAACAAAGGGGGAGGGUCCACGAAGACUGAAGAAUCUAUACUUUUUAUACUUGAUUGAACUUCGUGCUUUGUCAAAGGUGGCCCCUUAUUUUGAGCGCUCAAUUGUUGAUCUUUACACUGGCAACUUGGAAGAAGAUGCCGACACCAAGACUCUUCUCCUUAGCAUCUUUCAGGACACAAAGUCCUUUCCCAUGCACUUUGAUGAGAAAUCCAUGUUUGCAGGUGACAAGAAGGGGGCCAAGUCAUUAAAGGAGGAAUUCCGGUUACAUUUCAAGAACAUCUCCCGUAUCAUGGACUGUGUGGGAUGUGAUAAGUGCAGAUUGUGGGGGAAAUUACAGACUCAGGGCUUAGGAACUGCCUUGAAGAUACUAUUCUCUGAAAAAGAAAUCCAGAAACUUCCGGAGAACAGUCCAUCUAAAGGCUUCCAGCUCACCCGGCAGGAAAUAGUUGCUCUUGUAAAUGCUUUUGGAAGGCUUUCUACAAGCAUAAGAGAAUUACAGAACUUUAAAGCAUUAUUACAGCACAGGAGGUGCCACUGUGCAUAAGGAAGGACGGCUGUGCUGGUCUUCUCAGCACUGCCUUCAGCUGGACAUCUGGACACAGUUCACAGUAGGCCUCCCAGCAGCUGCAGAAGUCAAGGCUAGUCACCAGAAGCUCAGACCAGGUACACGGUGUCAUGGAAAUUCCAUGGCACAAGCCAAGCACAGAAAUCCUCAUGUUCUUUGUUUGAAGUAACAUCUACAGGUGCAGCUUUGAGUUUUCAGAGAAUUCCAUAUAAUUCACUGUUGUACCUACCAGAAUCUAGACCAUGAAUUAAAGUACAUGCUUCUGCAA